AUGGGGACUCCUGUAAAUAUCACACUCAGGUCACACGUCUGGGUCGAGGAUCCAGAACUCUCGUGGAUUAAUGGAGAAGUCAUAGAAAUCAAAGGCACCAAUGCCACAAUACUCGCAGCAAUCGGGAAAACACUUGUUGCUAGCAUUUCUAGUAUCUAUCCAAAGGAUACAGAGGCCCCGCCUGCAGGAGUUGACGACAUGACUAAACUGGCUUACCUCCAUGAGCCAGGGGUCCUCCAUAACCUUGCUUGCCGGUUUGCUCUAAACGAAAUAUAUACUUACACUGGAAACAUCUUGAUUGCGGUGAAUCCAUUCCAAAGACUUCCGCAUUUGUAUAGCGUCCAUAUGAUGGAACAAUAUAAAGGAGCUGCGUUUGGAGAGCUAAGCCCGCAUCUAUUUGCUGUUGCAGACACCAGUUACAGGGCGAUGAUAAAUGAGGCGAAAAGCCAGUCCAUUUUGGUUAGCGGAGAAAGCGGAGCUGGAAAAACAGAGACAACCAAAAUGCUCAUGAGAUAUCUUGCAUUCAUGGGAGGCAGAUCAGAUACCGAAGGGAGAAGCGUUGAACAACAAGUUUUAGAGUCUAAUCCAGUGUUGGAAGCUUUUGGAAAUGCCAAAACUGUUAAAAACAACAAUUCAAGUCGGUUUGGAAAAUUUGUUGAGAUCCAAUUUGACAAGCGUGGGAAAAUAUCUGGCGCUGCAAUCCGCACUUAUCUUCUCGAACGGUCUCGUGUUUGCCAAGUCUCAGACCCUGAGAGGAACUAUCAUUGCUUCUACAUGCUCUGUGCAGCACCGCCUGAGGAAGUUAAGAAGUUCAAGCUAGGGGAUCCGAGGACGUUCCACUAUCUAAAUCAAACGAACUGCUAUGAGGUUUCUAAUGUAGAUGAUGCAAGAGAGUAUAUGGAGACUAGAAAUGCCAUGGACAUUGUGGGUAUUGGACAAGAGGCUCAGGAUGCCAUAUUCCGCGUUGUAGCUGCAAUCCUCCACCUUGGAAAUGUCAAAUUUAUCAAAGGAGAAGAGGCGGAUUCUUCAAAACUCAGGGAUGAUAAGUCAAGAUAUCAUCUUCAAACAGCAGCAGAGUUACUCAUGUGCAAUGAGAAGAUGCUGGAAGAUUCACUCUGCAAGCGUGUAAUUGUCACUCCAGAUGGUAACAUCACAAAGCCGCUUGACCCGGAAUCCGCAGCUCUAAACCGUGAUGCUUUAGCCAAGACAGUAUACUCCAGGCUGUUUGACUGGAUUGUGGAUAAGAUCAACAGUUCAAUAGGUCAAGACCCGAAUGCUACAAGCUUGAUCGGAGUCCUCGACAUUUAUGGUUUUGAAAGCUUCAAGAUCAACAGUUUUGAGCAGCUAUGCAUCAAUCUCACAAAUGAGAAGUUGCAACAGCAUUUCAAUCAGCAUGUGUUCAAGAUGGAGCAAGAGGAAUACACGAGGGAGGAAAUAGACUGGAGCUAUGUUGAAUUUGUUGACAACCAAGAUGUCUUAGAUCUAAUUGAGAAGAAACCAGGAGGCAUAAUUGCCCUACUUGAUGAAGCAUGCAUGUUUCCCAAGUCGACUCAUGAGACGUUUGCACAGAAGAUGUAUCAAACAUAUAAAGGACACAAGCGUUUCAGCAAACCUAAGCUUGCCCAAACAGCCUUCACAGUCAAUCACUAUGCAGGAGAUGUUACGUAUUCAGCAGAGCAAUUUCUCGACAAGAACAAGGAUUAUGUAGUGGCAGAACACCAAGCUCUCUUAGAUGCAUCUAAGUGCUCUUUUGUGGCCAAUUUGUUUCCACCACUUCCAGAGGACGCAUCAAAGCAGUCCAAAUUUUCAUCAAUUGGGACCCGUUUCAAGCAACAACUCCAAGCUCUAAUGGAGACGCUGAGCACAACGGAGCCCCAUUAUAUUAGAUGCGUGAAGCCAAAUACAGUUCUAAAGCCUGGGAUUUUUGAGAAUGACAACGUCCUAAACCAACUAAGAUGCGGAGGUGUACUGGAAGCUAUAAGAAUCAGUUGUGCCGGUUAUCCAACAAAACGAGCAUUCGAUGAAUUUCUUGAUCGUUUUGUGAUGCUAGCAACAGAUGUUCCAGAAGGAUCCGAUGAAAAGUCAGCAUGUGCUUCCAUCUGCGACAAAAUGGGUUUAAAAGGCUACCAGAUAGGAAAAACAAAGAUAUUUCUUAGGGCCGGACAGAUGGCUGAACUAGAUGCAAGAAGAAAUGAGGUUUUGGCUGGUGCCACUAAACGCAUUCAGAGGCAGAUCAGAACUUACUUGACACGAAAAGAGUUCCUUAGGCAGAAAUGGGCUACAAUAUCUAUGCAAAAACUUUGGAGAGCACAACUUGCACGCAAGUUGUAUCAAAACAUGCGAAGGGAAGCUGCUUCAAUUUGCAUCCAAAAGAACAUUCGUGCUCACAGAGCAAGGAAAUGCUACACUAAGCUCCAGGCAUCAGCAACAGUAAUUCAAACUGGUUUCCGGACAAUGGCUGCUCGAAACAAACAUAGACACAGAAGAAGAACAAAGGCAGCAAUUAUAGUUCAGAGGGAAUGGAGAAGACACCAAGCUCAUGAAGCUUAUAAGCAGUACAAAAAAGCAACCCUAGCAUUACAAUGUCUAUGGAGAGCUAAAGUAGCUCGAAAAGAGCUAAAAAAUCUCAGAAUGGCUGCAAGAGAAACUGGGGCGCUCAAGGAAGCUAAGGACAAGUUAGAGAAGCGUGUGGAAGAGCUAACCUGGCGUCUCGAACUAGAGAAGCAUCAAAAGGUUGAUCUCGAAGAAGCCAAAGCACAAGAAAUCGCAAACCUACAAAAUACUUUAAGUGAAUUGCAAGAGAAGCUAGAUGAAGCCCACGCUGCAAUCUUACGAGAGAAAGAAGCAGCAAAAUUAGCCAUUGAACAAGCUCCACCAGUCAUCAAAGAGGUUCCAGUUGUAGACAACACUCAACUGGAGUUACUGAACAGUCAAAACAAUGAACUGAAGGUCGAGGUAAAGGAAUUAAAAGGAAAGAUUGAGGAGUUUGAAGCACUAUGUUCUGCACUUGAGAGAGAUAGCAAGGCAAGUCUAACUGAAGCAGAAGAUGCAAAAGCAAAGGCUAUCCAACUUCAAGAGAUCAUUGAAAGAUUACAUACGAACCUGUCAAAUCUUGAAUCCGAAAAUCAGGUCUUGCGCCAGCAGGCUUUGGCUGCUUCAACAAGUGCCGAAGAGUCUGAAGAGUUAAACAGCCUGAAGGACAAAGUGGCAAUUCUAGAGUCCGAAAAUGAAUCUCUUCGCAGGCAGACAGUUGCGGUAGAAAAGACAGUGCCUCCUCCUGAAGGAGUUUUUGCAUCUGCAAAGGAUCUUGAAAAUGGACAUCAAGCAGAGGAGAUUCAGGAAACAAAGGAGCCAAGGAAUCCAACCAUUGUGUUAGCAAAACAAAGAUCUCUAACAGAUAGGCAACAGGAGAACCAUGAUGUGCUGGUGAAAUGCCUCACCGACGAGAGAAGGUUUGAUAAUGACAGAUCUGUCGCAGCAUGGAUAAUUUACAAGGCACUACUUCAAUGGAGAUCAUUUGAAGCAGAUAAAACAAUUAUAUUUGAUAGAAUUGCUCAAACAAUUCGAUCGUCCAUUGAGAAGAGCCAAGAUGACACAAGGGAGCUAACUUAUUGGCUCACAACAAGCUCUACACUCUUAUACCUUCUACAAUCUACACUCAAGUUCAGCAAUACAAAUAAUUCGGCUUCAAAACGUAAUCGAUCAGCCCAGGCUACACUAUUUGGGCGAUUGGUCCAAAGAAUGCAAUCAUCUUCAAUGGGGAUGGAAACAUCCAGUGGCUACAGUGGGAUGGUUGGAAUAUCAAACGACCAGCAGAUGGUUGAAGCUAAAUACCCGGCUUUACUAUUCAAGCAACACUUAGCCGCAUACGUUGAGAAAACAUAUGGAAUGAUCCGAGAUAAAUUAAAGAAAGAGAUAAACCCAUUACUAAAUCUCUGUAUCCAUGCACCAAGACCGACAAGAGCCAGAACCUUGCGAGAGGUGACUAAAAGCAUCCACUUGACCACAACUGCCAAGCAACAGGCAUCAUAUGUACAAUGGCAGAACAUCAUCAAUAAGCUUGAACAUACCUUACACUUUAUGGCAGAGAACCAUGUCCCAUCUAUGAUCACAAGAAAACUCUUUCAUCAGGUUUUCUCAUACAUAAAUGUGCAGCUCUUUAACAGUUUGUUGCUUCGCCGAGAGUGUUGUUCGUUUAGCAACGGAGAAUAUCUGAAAAUGGGAUUGCAUGAAUUAGAGCAGUGGUGCCUGAAGGCAGAAGACGAGGCAGCACGAUCACCAUGGGAUGAACUCCAACCCAUAAGGCAAGCAGUGAAGUUCCUGGUCUCGCAUCAAAAGACACAGAAAUCAUUGGUCGUGAUCACAAAAGAGAUAUGCCCGGUACUAAGCAUUCCACAAGUAUAUCGUAUCGCGACAAUGUUUUGGGACGAUAAAUAUGGAACUCAAGGACUCUCCUCUGAGGUGAUCAAGCAGAUGAGGAAACUAAUGUCGGAAGAUUCAACCAACAUGAGUUACCCUUCAUUCUUGCUAGACGUCGAUUCAAGCAUUCCUUUCUCAGUGGAAGAUGUUUCACAAUCCUUCCACGGUGGCACCAUUAACCUCUCCGACGUCGAUCCACCGCCGCUUCUCCGGCAACGAUCUGAUUUCAACUUCUUGUUCUCAGACAUUGCCUGA